AUGAAAGGUCAAUGCCUAUUGAGGUUCCUCCUUGGAACCCUGCUGGUGGUUCUGCUUCUUGCAGCGCAAGUGCUCACCACACCGGUCCCACUUCCGCAACAAGGGCAACAAAAGCCCGAGCCAGCUCUUGAAACAACGACACAGUCACAUCUGGAGAGUCUGUGGCUUAAAGCCAAAAAGAAGUUGACUGUGGGCAAUGUCGAACAUUUUACAUUGGACCCAACCAAGGCUGUUAGCUAUGGAGCGACUGAAAUCUAUGGCUGCACUGUUCUUGUGGUUGUGGAUGGACGCAGUGUUACCAUUGGUCACUUCCCCCAGGAAUCAGGAUCAGGCAUCACAAUGGAGAAUGAGCAGCAUACGCAGCAGAAAAUCAUUGACCCAAUGGAACGCAAUCUUGUCCUGGCUGACUACACAACACAGUCAGUGGCCUAUAUUGUGCACUCAGCCACCCAAUAUUCAGUGGGAUAUAAAAAAAUUAAAGAAUACUUGGUCAACGAAAAUGUGUCAGAGGGAAACAUCCACAGUAAACCAUAUACUGCAGGUUUGUCUACUGUUGGCCACCGAGGGAAGGUUUUGGUGACCUGGGAUCCUAAGGACGAAGGAGGAGCGACCAUGAAGGUUUACAUCCAAAAUGACAAUCCUAUAUACGUGCGAGACUAUGAUGCAAAUGGGGACCCUUGUGAAUUGAUUGGUUGA